GAAACAAGAAUGGAGUAAGUGGAUUAUAAAAUUAAUAAAUAUAAGUAUGGAAAAUAGAAAGAUACUGCGGAUUAUGAAAAUAGUACACGAAAAAAUGGCAUAUCAUGAGAUGGAAAAGAAUGAUAAAAAAAUGAAAGAAAAAGGAGUGGAAAGUGAGGAUUGAUGUAUAUAUAUAUAUUAAAU